AUGGCUUCCACUGAUAAGGGUCUCGAAGAGAUCCCAGAAGGUCAAAUCGAGUCCAACUAUGACGAGACCGUCGAUUCUUUCGACACCAUGAACUUGAAGCCAGAGCUUCUCCGAGGUGUUUACGCCUAUGGUUUCGAGCGUCCAUCCGCCAUUCAGGCUCGUGCUAUUAUGCCAGUCAUCAAGGGCCAUGAUGUUAUUGCUCAAGCCCAGUCCGGUACCGGAAAAACCGCCACUUUCUCCAUUUCCGUUCUCCAGAAGCUCGACCCCAACAUCAAGCAAUGCCAGGCAUUAAUCCUCGCACCCACCCGUGAAUUGGCUCAGCAAAUUCAGAAGGUCGUUGUUGCUAUUGGCGACUUCAUGAACAUCGAGUGCCACGCAUGCAUUGGUGGCACGAGCGUUCGUGAUGACAUGAAGGCUCUUCAGGACGGUCCUCAAAUCGUUGUCGGUACCCCUGGCCGUGUCCAGGACAUGAUCCAGCGCCGCUUCUUGAAGACCGACUCCAUGAAGAUGUUCGUUCUCGAUGAGGCUGAUGAAAUGCUUUCCCGCGGUUUCACUGAGCAAAUCUACGAUAUCUUCCAACUUCUACCCCAGUCCACCCAGGUUGUCCUUCUCUCUGCUACCAUGCCCCAGGAUGUGCUUGAGGUCACUACCAAAUUCAUGCGCGAUCCCGUCCGUAUCUUGGUCAAGAAGGCUGAGCUUACUCUCGAAGGUAUCAAGCAAUUCUACAUCGCCGUCGAGAAGGAGGACUGGAAGUUGGAUACUCUUUCCGAUCUUUACGAGACGGUCACGAUUACCCAAGCUGUCAUCUUCUGCAAUACUCGCCGAAAGGUUGACUGGCUCACUGAUAAGCUCACCGCUCGUGACUUCACUGUCUCAGCCAUGCACGGUGAUAUGGACCAGGGCCAGCGUGAUCUGAUUAUGAAGGAGUUCCGAUCCGGCUCUUCUCGUGUUCUGAUCGCCACCGAUCUGUUGGCUCGUGGUAUCGAUGUCCAGCAAGUCUCAUUGGUCAUCAACUACGAUCUCCCCGCCAACCGUGAGAACUACAUCCAUCGCAUCGGUCGUGGUGGUCGUUUUGGACGGAAGGGUGUUGCUAUCAACUUCGUUACUGCCGAGGAUGUCCGUAUGAUGAGAGAGAUUGAGCAGUUCUACAGCACUCAAAUCGAGGAGAUGCCAAUGAACGUUGCCGAUCUCAUCUAA